UAUAAUCUAGUGGACUAAACACUUCAACAAUAACAGCGAGUCAUCCACCUCGGUAGCCAACAUAGCUGAAAGGUUCAAGCUGUUUAGACUGUUUCGGUGUAUAUAAGCCACUUUGUUUUAAACACACUUCUGUUGGCUUAUGCCGUUUAGCUAGUUACCCCCUUUAAUUCCAAAUUUACCUUGCUAGUAGCUAGCUGGAUAGCUAACAAACCCGACCAUGAGCUCACGAAGCUGCUCCCCUCCUGCUAAAGAAGAGGCGGUCUGCUGGACGGAGAAAGAAGCUCUGGGGCUGAACAUUCUCGUGGAAGAGGAGGAUGUCACAGUAAAACAAGAAGUAGAGGGUGAGGCUGUUACAGUGAAAGAAGAAGAGAAAGACGUUACCGUUAAAGAAGAGGAAGAUUCGUUCAGAGUGAAAGAGGAGGAGGGUGUUACAGUAAAAGAAGAGGUAGAGGAACAGGAGAAGAUAACUGUCACAUCGAAGGAGGAGGAGGAGGCGACUAGGGAUCUUAUUAACAACAGAGAGAGACCAGACUCUCCUUCUGACAGCAGGAAGAGUCCUUCAGGGGAACCAGACCCUGAGACGCACAAACCAGCAGGGCGACAUCACUGCUCCCAGUGUGGAAAGAGUUUUACUCAGUUAGGGAGCCUGAAAACACACAAGAGAAUACACGCUGGAGAGAAGCCUUACCACUGCUCCUUUGUGUGUCCUCUCAUGCUGGUUCAGGUUUCCUAACUGGGCAAAACGAGUUUUAGGUGGUUAGGGAGCGUGGAAAUGCAUUAGAGGACACACACAGGAGAAAAGCCUGUCCAAUGUUCCCAUUGUGGAAAGCAUUUUGCCCAGUUAGGAAACCUGAACCAGCAUGAGAGGACGCACCACUGGUUAAGGUACCUGAAAGAGCAUGAAAGAAUACAUACAAAUACACAGGAGGAGAAGACAUACCACUGCUCUCAUUGUGGAAAGACAUUUUCCCAGUCAGAGGACCUGAAAACACAUGAGAGAAUAGAGAGGCUGUGUUCUGACUUGUGUUUUUGACUGAGAAUUUGUGUUUUUGUUUGGGCUGUCAGACUUGAGAACUUUUUGUAAUGUUAGUGCACAAAUAUUUGUUUUAUUGCGAUUAAUCCAUUGUCUGAAAGGGUUAAAAAUACACUGAAAACAUCUAAAAUACAUACUGUAUACCACUCAAAUCUACAAUGCCAUGUAAAAACAAGAUGACAUUGUAAUGUUUUUAUAAUGGUAUAAACUGCAUUUAUUUUUGCUGGACCCCAGGAAGAGCAGCUGCUCCCUUGGC